GCAGGAACAUGAAAUCGUCUACAAUCCCCGUUCUGCUGCUGCUGCUGCUGCUUAACUUGACUUGGCUUGGGGGGAGCCAUGGCAGGGGUCUAGACGAACCCUCUCUUCAGAAGAGAGCGGGGGGCGCCAACCAGAACUACAACCAGCAAGCGUACCCCACUGUUCAAGGAGGGCAGUACCCCUACGGGGCGCCGUCUAAGGGAGGCCAAAGUGGACAGCUGCCAACUUCCUCGGCUUCUCGGGCACAGCCGGACUUGCUCCAGUGGGUGAGGUUUUGGUAGAGCCCAGGACUUCCAGGCACGAGGGGGCCUCAGCACAUGCCCACUCUGACUUCAGCCCCCCCAACCCCUUUGCCUGGCACCUGAGACCCCAUUUGUUUAGUUCUUGUCCCAUGCCUGUCCCCUGCUCUGGCAUGGGACCAUGGCCAGGUGGCCUCAACCUGGAGAGAUGAAGGGUAUUCUCUCUGGCUAAUCUACUGGUUACCAUGACAACUGUACAGGAGACACUUGCUGCUUUCUUGUGAGGCCUUCUCAGAGGAAAUAA